AUGACAACACACAGAGUGGGAGGUGAAAACAUAUCUAAUGAACAGAAUCUAGAAGAGAAUCCUAUGAGCUCAUAUCUGCCUCUACCUAAUCUAAUCUUUACUGGUAUAAUUGAUGAAAGUGAUUUUAUUUUUGUAUUUAGUAAUUAUAUCAGAAUAUCAUCAGGAACAACUGACCCAGAAUGGAAUAAUUUAUUUAAUAGUAUCUUCUGGGAGAUUUCAUGGCAAGAAAAAAUCGGUGGCAUAAUUAGCAGAAAGUUGACUCCUGAAGAAAAAGACAGUAAAUUCAUCAAAGAAGAAACCACAUCUUCACUUAGAUUGACCAUAAUCCCAUCUAUAUUUAUCUCUAAUAUAAAAAAUAACACCUGUCUUAGUAAUAAAAAAUCUAUCAUGAUUCCAACUGAAGUACUCAUAGAAAAAUCUAAUUCUAAAAUACCUAACUAUAUUUUACUGGGUAAUAAUUGGUUUUAUGGUAGAAAGUAUAAUAAUGAUAAACUUCAAACAUACAUACCUGAAAUUGUAAUCGACACAGAGGAUACUUUUGUAAAAACAACUCUGCAUAUUAAAGAUCUCAAUGGAUCUGGAGUAUCAAAAACCGAAAAUAGCCAAGAGCUAUAA